AUGGCAAACACCGACAACAAGAUGCAACUCGACUACUCGGCAUGGAGUAACUCCAGCCUCAUUGCGCGCAUUACCGAACUGGAGCGCCAGCUUCACUCUCGGACCACCGAGUUCACAGCGCCAGCGGAAACCCCGUCACAGGAGGCAAACAAGCCAUCUGCGCCCAUCUCUACCGACGUCCACGAACCCGCGAUCCCGCCCCCCGAGCCCUGCAAUAAUCCUAAAAAGCGGCCACACUCUCCUCCCGAAGAUAUUACCACGGCGCCUGCGCCCUCGCGGUUUAUCAAAGCCGCAAAGCCUCCCAGACUUGAUCGCGAUUUUGACCCCUCCAAGUACUCGACGCGGUAUAUUGCGCUCAAGUUCGCAUACUUGGGCCAAGCGUACAAUGGACUCGAGCAUACCAAUGGCAACACCACACCUCUGCCCACAGUUGAGGAGAUUCUGUGGAAGGCAUUGCGGCGCACUCGGCUCAUCUUCCCUGAGACAACCUCGGACAUGGAACCGACCGAGAACGGGGUGAGGGUGCCGAUGCGCCCCUAUCACCUGUACUGGGAUGGAUGCGAGUACUCCAAAGCAGGACGUACGGAUAAGGGCGUGAGCGCUUUUGGGCAAGUCAUUGGGUUGAGAGUCCGCAGUAACCGCCCCAAGCCCAAGCCCCCUGUUGAGGGCCAGGAUGCAAUGAAUAUUGAUUCGGGAGCUACUGAAAAGGAAUGGGAUGAUGUUGCAGAUGAGUUGAACUACAUCGCCGUUCUAAACAGGGUACUCCCGGAAGACAUCCGAGUUCUCGCAUGGUGUCCCAACCCGCCGCCUGGUUUCGAUGCACGUUUCUCCUGCCGUGAGCGGCGAUACAGGUACUUCUUCACCAAUCCCGCGUUCUCUCCAACCCCUGGACCUGCCGGAUUCGAGAAUCGGGCACAAAAUGGCAAAGGACCGCGUGCUGAGUUCCGUGAGGGCUGGCUCGAUAUCGAGGCUAUGCGCGAAGCAGCCAAAUAUUUCGAGGGCACACAUGAUUUCCGGAACUUCUGCAAGCUGGAUACCAACAAACAGAUUGAUAACUUUGAGCGUAUCAUCCAUCACUCCAGUAUCGAGGCCGUCAAUCCCAAGGUUAACCCCUUGGGUUAUGUUGGCCGAGCUGGCUUCCAGGCCAAAGAAGGCGUGAUCCCCGAGCCGGAUACGACAACUCCCGACACGGUCUCUCAAAGCAUUCCUCAGGUCUACUCAUUCAACCUCCACGGUUCCGCCUUUUUGUGGCACCAGGUACGACACAUGGUUGCAAUCCUGUUCUUGGUGGGGCAGGGAUAUGAGUCCCCAUCGAUUGUCCCCGAAUUGCUGGACAUUUCCAAGAACCCGCGCAAGCCGACCUAUGCAAUGGCCGAUGAUGCUCCGCUGGUUCUUGAGGACUGCAUCUUCCCCGAACCAGGCUCUGGCAGUCGCCUUGAUUCCUUGAACUGGGUUUAUGCUGGUGACAGCAUGGAAAGCUCUAGGGCAAGUGCCAAGGGCGAUAGCAAAUUUGGCCUGCGCGGUACAGUUGAACGGCUGUGGACGGUCUGGAGGCAACGCAAGAUAGAUGAGAUCCUAGCGGGUGCCAUGCUAGACUUGAUUGUCAGUCAGGGCAAUCAAAACGUUGACAACAUGGACGACCAGAAGGUGAAACCUGGUUUCUCUAAGAAAUCAUACAGAGGUGCCAAAGUCUGGCAAGGUGGAAAUGAGGCCGUUGUCGGUGGAAAAUAUGUCCCUGUUGACCAGAAACCAAAGAUGGACACGGUGGAAGUCCAAAAUGCAAGAGGACUCGUGAUAAAGCAGCGAAGACUGGCAAAGGGCGAAGCUGCGAAGGCGGCAGAGGAAUGA